AUGGGACUCUGGAGAAUCAAGAAACACAUUAAAUGGCUGGAAGUUAAAGCCAUAUUACUCAGUCUAAAAUCAUUUGUAGAUCAGAUUUGUCAGAAGUAUGUAAAAAUCCUAUCGGACAACACAACAGCAGUCUGCUGUAUAAAUCAUAUGGGGACUAGUCACUCCAAGGAGAAAAAUCUCUUAGUAAAAGAGAUAUGGGAUUUUUGCAUUACAAAUAACAAUUGGAUUACUGUAGCACAUAUCCCAGGAAAACAAAAUGUGAUUGCAGCUGAUUUUGAAUCGAGGAGGGGUACCGAUGAUACUAAGUGGGCCCUAGACCAAGCAGUGUAUGAUCAAGCAAUCCAAUUACUGGAUGUGACACCCAGUAUUGAUCUGUUUGCCUCAAGGCUAAACUAUAAAUGCAAGCCUUAUGUUGCAUUCAGACCUGACCCUGAGGCUCAAGCCAUAAAUGCCUUUCAUAUCUCUUGG